GCCGCCGCCGCCGCUGCUGGAGGGGGCGCGCACACUGCAGUAAUGCGAGCCCGUCCCCUCCUGGCGGGGAGCGGGAAGCCGGCCGAGCCCCAGCCCCAGCCCCAGCCCAGCCAGGUGUUCCGCUUCGGUCUGCGGCUGCCGGCCCAGAGCGCCCAGUGACCCGCCAGCUCCAGGCUGCGCUGCCCUGGGCGCGCUUCCUAGCGCUGGGCUCCGGCUGGAGGGGGGGUUGCGGUAGCUGGAGAGGAAGAGGGGGAGAGAGAAGCUGCUGCUCCUUGGUGCUCCUCUUCCUCCCCCCCCCCCCAUUUGCUGCUGCCGCCGCUUUGCCAGUUCAAGGCGAGCAGGGAGGCGGGUGUCAUGCAAUUGGUGCCCAGUGAAAGGUCUCCGAGGCUGAAGUACCAGUGAGAGGAAGUGCAGCGGAAUCAAGCCGGCUCUGUGCAAUGACAGCCAUGAAGGAGCAGCAGGCAGCGCCGAACCCGGGCAGCCGGGGGAGCCAGGCUCAGCAGCAAGACCAGGAGCUUGGAAGUAACAGCCCUCCGCAGAGGAAUUGGAAGGGAAUUGCAAUUGCGCUGCUGGUGAUUCUAGUUGUAUGUUCACUCAUCACUAUGUCUGUCAUUCUUUUAACCCCAGAUGAGCUUACAAAUUCAUCAGAAACCAGAUUGUCUUUAGAAGAUCUCUUCAAAAAAGAGUUCAUAGUUCAUAAUCCAGAAGCCAAAUGGAUUAAUGAUACAGAAGUGGUGUAUAAAAAUAGGAAUGGACAUGUUGUUAAACUGAAUGUAGAAACAAAUACAACCACGUUAUUAUUGGAAAAUACGACUUUUGUAACUUUCAAAGCAUCAAGAUAUUCAGUUUCACCAGAUUUAAGAUUUGUUCUUCUUGCAUAUGAUGUCAAACAGGUUUUUCAUUAUUCUUAUACGGCUUCAUAUGUGAUUUAUAACAUACAUACAAGGGAAGUUUGGGAGUUAAACCCUCCAGAAGUAGAGGAUUCAAUUUUACAGUAUGCGGCAUGGGGUGUACAAGGAGAGCAACUGAUUUAUAUUUUUGAAAAUAACAUCUACUAUCAACCUGAUGUAAAGAGUAGCUCAUUGCGACUGACAUCCUCAGGAAAAGAAGGAAUCAUUUUUAAUGGAAUCGCAGACUGGCUCUAUGAAGAGGAGCUUCUUCACUCUCACGUUGCCCACUGGUGGUCCCCAGAUGGAGAAAGGUUGGCAUUCCUGAUGAUAAAUGACACUUUGGUACCAAACAUGGUUAUUCCUCGGUUUACUGGAGGUCUGUAUCCCAAAGGAAAGCACUAUCCAUAUCCUAAGUGCCUCCGAGACCCAGUGAUGAAUCAGGAUUCCACUGUGCUGGGUGCUGUACAGGCAGGUCAAACAAACCCAACGAUAAAGCUGUUUGUAGUCAAUCUAUAUGGACCAACACAUACACUGGAACUCAUGCCACCUGACAGCUUUAAAUCAAGAGAAUACUACAUCACUAUGGUAAAGUGGGUAAGCAAUACCAAGACUGUGGUGAGAUGGUUAAACAGACCACAGAACAUUUCCAUUCUUACGGUUUGUGAGACCACGACUGGGGCUUGUAGCAAGAAAUAUGAGAUUACAUCAGAAGUGUGGCUUUCUAAACAGAAUGAGGAGCCAGUUUUCUCCAAAGAUGGAAGUAAGUUCUUUAUGAUAGUCCCAGUGAAGCAAGGUGGCCGGGGUGAAUUCCACCACAUAGCCAUGCUUAUUGUCCAGGCUAAAACUGAACAAAUCAGUGUGAGACACCUGACAUCAGGAAACUGGGAAGUUAUCAAAAUCCUGGCGUAUGAUGAAAAUACUCAAAAGAUUUACUUUUUAAGCACUGAAGAUUCCCCAAGAGGAAGACAGCUACAUAGUGUAUCAACUGUUGGAUUACUGAACCGCCAGUGUCUUUCAUGCAACUUCAUGAAAGAUCAGUGCACAUACUUCAGUGCAAAGUUUAGUCCUAUGAACAAGCAUUUUUUACUACAUUGUAAAGGACCAGGCGUUCCAGUUGUUAGCAUGCACACUACAAGUAACCCUGGAAAAUUUUACAUAUUGGAAGAUAAUGCUGUGUUGAAAGAAACUAUUUUAAAGAAAAAGAUUUUCCGGACAGAAAUUAAAAUGCUUCACAUUGAGGAUUAUGAACUUCCUUUACAGUUGUCAUUUCCAAAGGAUUUCACAGAUCGAAACCAGUAUGCUGUUCUGUUAAUAAUUGAUGAAGCUCCAGGCAGCCAGCUGGUUACAGAUAAGUUUCACGUUGACUGGGAUUCAGUGCUUGUCAACUCUGAUAAUGUCAUCGUAGCUCGAUUUGAUGGCAGAGGGAGUGGAUUUCAAGGCCUUAAAAUUCUACAGGAAGUCCAUCGUUGCUUAGGUUCAGUGGAGGUGAAGGACCAAAUAGCAGCUGUAGAAUCAUUACUGAAACAACCAUUCAUAGAUCCUAACCGACUGAGCAUAUUUGGAAAGGGAUAUGGUGGAUACAUUGCAUCAAUGAUCCUGAAAUCCAAUGAAAGACUUUUUAAAUGUGGAGCCGUUAUUGCACCAAUCACAGACAUGAAGUUGUAUGCUUCGGCUUUUUCAGAAAGAUACCUUGGCAUUCCAUCUAAAGAGGAAAAUACGUAUCAGGCAUCCAGUGUACUGCACAAUAUUCAUGGUUUAAAAGAAGAGAAUUUGCUAAUAGUUCAUGGGACAGCUGAUACUAAAGUCCAUUUUCAACACUCAGCAGAACUAAUUAAACAUCUAAUAAAAGCUGGAGUUAAUUACACUAUGCAGAUCUACCCAGAUGAAGGUCAUAACAUUGCAUCUGAGAAAAGCAAAUAUCACCUUUACAGCACAAUCCUUGGUUUUUUUAGUGCUUGUUUAAAGGAGGAAGCCCCAAUUUUACCACAGGAACCUGAAGAGGAUGAAUAAGGAAGCCUGUUUGUACAGUACUGAAGGGAGACUUACUUUGAGGCUCAAUAAAACCUUAAAUAAAAGAGACUGUAAGAGUGCAGAUUCUGCAGAAGCUCAAGGGCAGCUAAAGGAUAUAACAGUGGAACAGCACAUUUAGAGACACUGAGCUAAUAAACUGGAAUUUGAAUUCAAA